CUGCGGUUUCCGCCGGAAGUGAGCGCGGGGUGAGAGUUGAGCUGCGGCCCGGCCCGGAGGCCUGUGCAGUGGAUGAGCGGCGACCCGGCGAUGAGCGGCGACCAGCCCAACGCUGACUUUUACGAGCAGCUGCGAUUGCAGCAGCUACACGAGCGGGGUGGACAUGUGGGGGGCGGCAAAACGAUGGUGGAUGAGGACGGCACGGAGUGCGAGGGGAACGGGGGGAAGAGGGCCUGGUUCCCCAAGAUAACUGAAGACUUUCUGGCAACUUAUCAAGCAAACUAUGGCUUCAUUGAAGAAACCUCUGCUGAUUCUGGAGGUGGCGCCACUAACACGGAGAAGUCUGGUGUGACUGAGAAGCCUUCGGGGCUCAGUACGUCUCAGAAAGACGCAAAAGGAGAAAAGAGGAAAGCUGAUGCGGGCUGGAUUGACGUUGAAGAACAGAAGAACACAAGUGUGUAUAUCACUGGAUUACCUCCAGACAUCACACCUGAUGAAUUUGUGGAGCUUAUGGCAAAGUAUGGGAUCAUCAUGCAAAAUCCAGAAACACUAGAAUAUAAAGUUAAAUUGUACAAGGACAAAGAAGGAAAUCUCAAGGGAGAUGGACUCUGCUCCUACCUAAAGAAAGAAUCUAUAGAUCUUGCGCUCAAAUUUUUGGAUGAAACUGAGAUGAGGGGGUACAAGAUUCAUGUCGAAAUUGCCAGGUUUGAAAUGAAAGGAGAAUUUGAUGCCCGCAAAAAGAAGAAGAAAAGCAAAGAUUAUAAGAAAAAAUUGCUCAUGCAAAAGAAGCAGCUGGAUUGGAGACCAGAGAAGAAAGCUGGCCAAUCACGAUUAAGGCAUGAAAGAGUUAUUAUUCUUUGGAACAUGUUUCAUCCAACGGAUUUUGAGGCUGAUCCCAUGAUUAUAAAUGAGAUCCAAGAAGACCUUAGAGUGGAAUGUGAAAAGUUUGGUCAAGUCAAGAAAGUACUUUUGUUUGAUAGACACCCCGAUGGAGUGGCCUCGGUGGCAUUUAAAGAACCAGAAGAAGCUGAUCAGUGUAAGCUUGUUCUUAAUGGAAGAUGGUUUGGUGGGCGCCAGAUAAUUGCUGAAACGUGGGAUGGUGUCAUGGAUUACCAGGUUGACGAGACUGUAAAGGAAAGAGAGUAUCGAUUAAAAACCUGGGGGUCAUUUUUGGAUGAUGACCCAUCUAAUGUUAAGUCGGAUGACCAGAAGGCAGCACAGGCAAGCAACCAGGCACCUGUAGAAUUGUCUGCUUCCCCUGAAGAUGGAACACAAACUUCAGCAGAUGUUGGAGAACCAUCCGUAGACAGCUCAGCACCUUCGCAGGACUCUGUGGCUCCAUUAGUAGAUUGUGUGGCACCUUCAGAGAACGGUAAACAGCAGGAAGUGGUUGAUUCUGCAGCCGCAGUGGAAGAGGCAGAUGAAAAUUGUAAUGAGGAAGAUUUAUCAACAGAUAGUAGUAUUGAUGGGAGUGAUGAUGCAGAAGAGGUGGCAUGAAUGCUUAAAGGAUUUUGUUUAAUAGCUGCUUUAAAUCAUUUUUACCUGGAAGAUUAUGAAAGAUGAGGUCCCAUUGCUGCAAACCUAGAAUAAUGGACCAUUAAAGACAUCCAGUUCAUCCAGCCUGCUUCACCCGGCUAUGAUGUCUCGUAGAAGAAAAAAUAUACAUCCUACCACAAAAUCUUCUGAGAUAGAGCAAGACAAAGAACACACGAACAACUCGGGCUGGUUUAAAAUAAAAUUGGGAUAGGGGUUGGAAUAGGAAAUAGGACUGCUUAAUAAAAGAGGUAAAGACCAUUGUUUCUACUUUGGAUCUUAAAUAUAAAUUAAUUUAAAGUGAACUUCCAUGUUUUAAAGGCACGUUUUCUUUCAACAGGCAUUUUAAAACAAACUAGGUAAGCCGAAUCAAUUCUAAUCACAAUUGGUUUCUCCUUUGGUCGUUCAUUGCUGUGAUCUAGUAUCA